GUAUUAUCAACCUGGUCAUUUUACUUCCGCAAUUCAUCCAAAACCCAAGCCUUCAACUCGUGCCUCGAUUUAUUAGCAAACCAGGCUAGUUGUUUCUCUGACCGCCACCUGCGACCAGCGACUUGAACAUCGACACGAACACUUUUCCAACUCAACCACACCCACUUCUCGCUUCGUUGUAAACUACGACGUCAGCCGCCAACUUCACCACUCCCAAAUAGAGGGCGUUUACGAGUUGGAUAUUCCUGCUUCGAGCUACGACUCCAUCACGAUCCGUUUCAAAGUCAUUUGUGGCUAGUCUAAUCGGUCUCUCCGCGUGUCGACUCCGCCUUCUGGACGCCAUCUAGAACAAAUCGCCAGCCUCAUCACAACCCUAGUGGAUCUACAUCGUUGCUAUCUUGCAAACUUGCAUAAUCCAACUUGGAGACCCUGAAACCACGUGGAACUAUUUGGUCUCGACUAUCCCCUUGCCCCCAUUAUUCGAAUAAGUUUACGCGACUACUUGCGACACUGACCGACAAGUCUAUCUACCAAGUCAACGGCUUUUAAUCACUGUCGCUCGACACAUUCCUGUGUUCAAGUAAUAUCCUACGCGACAAGUGACUACAGUAUCGAGCAACAAUCAAACCACAGUCACGCAUACUAUAUUAUCAUGGCAGUCAACGAACUUCCCAAUGUUCCUUCGGAGCACGCUCAUCAUAUUGCCCGAUCGGACUCUUCUACAUCAUCAAGCCCUUCCGAUCACCACCACCAUGAUCCCGACCACGAGAAUGAGGAGCCCAUUAUCCACCAGCCCGUACCCGUUCGACCUGGCCUUCCUCAGAGAAAAAGCAGUGGCCCACUAGUUGUUCCUCGCGAUAGCUCGGCAGUCGGUCCUCACGAGCCUGACUUUGGCCCGGAUGACGUCAGGGCGAUGAGUCCCAGGAGAACGAGCGAGGAUCUUGACAGAAUUGGAAAGGCUGCUCGGGAAGAGAUGAGAAGACACGCAAAGGCCCUGCAGGAUUCUCUCCUUACCAUCUUUAACCGCAUUGAAGCCGUUCGCGAGGAGCACGACAAGCUUGAUAACAACAACAAGUUCUUGCAAAAGUAUAUUGGCGACUUGAUGAGCACCAGCAAAAUCACAGCCACAAGCAGCCAACGCAAGAAAUAA